GUCGAUUGAAAACGCAGCCGGCUCGUUUCGGUGGUUCGAACCCCGGUUAAUAUUCAAAUUAAAUCGAGGGGGAAUACGGCCAGUAUGUGGUGCAAGUGAACAGUCGGGUGGGUAGCUGGCCCUGCCGUAGUUGUCGUCGUAAAGUCACCAGAUCCAGCCUGUCCCAAAACAUAAGUUCCUGCCCGUUGUCAGUCGAGAACCAACAGCAGAAGAGCCACACCAACAUCAGCGGAAACGGACAGGGAAAGCAAGCAACUCAUCAUGGUGCAGAUUUCGCAGACGGAGGAGGACAUCAAGAUCUCUAUCGAACUCAAUCGACUGGUGACCCGUAAGCCGGACGUUGUGCUCCUGCCGCAGUACUUAAAGUUCAACAAUCCGCCCAUUUUCUUUGAACGUCAUCUAGCCCAGGAGAUUGACGAAAUGGCAAGCUUCUGCCGCAUCUUCAAGAACGAAGCCCGCAUCGUUCUUGUGAAGAAGGAGAAGGGCUUCUGGCCGGAGAUGUUCCAGAAGCUGGACAAAGAGGCACUCCAGCAGAAGCGCUUAGAGAUCGCCGACCUGAUCGUAGAGCGGAAUAAGAAGCGGGACGAAAAGGCUCUGGAGCGGUACGAGAACAAGCGGCGGGCGGAGAUCGAGAAGGAGAUAAAGCGGGAGACUGCCAUGCGGGAGCGGGUCAAGCAGUUCCAGGAGAACUCGGUGCGCGAGACUCUGGUGGUGGAUGUCCGCAAGGAGACCAAUGCGGCAACCAAGCCCGAUCCGCUUCAGUAUGCGCCGUCGUCGGUGGCCGCCAGUCGCCUGGCCACGCCCCUCAUGCGCCCGCCCAUGAGCUCCGUUCGCGGCAGUGGGCGGAUCACCGUAAGCUUCACCAGCCAGCACAAGCGGACCACCCCGAAGAGGGAGUCGCAGGCCAGCAUGGAGAAGGCGUACGCCGCGGCAGGAGGACCAAACCCGAAUGUCCAAUCCCCAAUGGAGAGCCUGGAUGAAUGAGGAGCAGAAGUGCCUAUUCAAGCGUACUCACAUAAAUAUUUUCACGAGCAAUUGUGCGUGCGUUUUCAGACUGUGCUAAGUGUUCUAAACUUUAUUAUUCCAUCAAAUAAAUCUACAGGUGUUUGCUUUAUUAAAUGAGGACUAAA